AUGGCAAGGCUUUGCGUGGGUGUGCCGUUCGGGGUUACACUUCUGCUCAUGGUUGCUCUUGCAUUAGCACGAGUGGCCAGCGCCCAGAACGUGCCAAACCAAGCCACGACACCGUCUGCCGCAGGCCUUGAAGAGAACAAGAACCUCAUCUUCGGCGGUGGCUAUGCUGGCGGUGCUGCCAUUGUUGCGAUACCGGUGGUUGUCGGGGGCGGUGUCCUUGGUGGCUAUGGUGGAAUGGCCGGCCUCGGCGGAUUAGGUGGUCUUGAUGGCCUAGGUGGCGGUGGUGGGGGUGGCCCCGGUGGCCUUGGCGGUGUUGGCGGUGGCCUUGGAGGUGCGGGUGGCGUCGGCGGUGGAGCUGGUGGCAUUGGUGGUCUUGGAGGUGCAGGUGUUGUCGGUGGUGGAGCUGGUGGCCUCAGCGGUGGGGGUGGUGGUGCAGCCGGCGGCACUGCUCCUUGA